GCAAAAUUUAUUAAUACAUCGUAUAAUCACAAUUUCCCCAUUAGAAAUUUUCAGCUAAAAUAAAUCUUAUGAAACCAGUUAAUGUAUAUGUUCUUUUAAAGUACAUGUGAUUCAAAAGUGCAUGUGAGGUUAGCCAAUUUACAUCACAUGUAGCAUUAGUAAGUACAGAAAUGGGUCGCAAACGUCUUCCUUCUUAUCUAAGCGUGUGAAAAGGAUGUGUCGGUCAAAUUGAUUUGAAUCAUCCCGAACUAUUAAACAUAAAUCGGAUAUUGAAUCAGACUAGAUAUACCACAACAUGAUGAGAAUCUCGUAUAUAUAAAGACAAGCGCCAUGGCGCUCGAACCCGUAUACAGAGACGUAAUCCCGAUGCUUAACCACAGUACCCAUGGUCCUGAACUGUUGGCUCAACUCAACGCUGAAGAGAGUGUUAAUCGUCUGCCACUUCUCUUGGUUCUAUCCAUUUUGUCCUUCGUUGGAAUCAUCACCAAUGCCCAUGUACUGUUCGUAUUUGGGACAAAAUUUAAGCGGUCAACAUACCGUGUUUUCGUUCUGGCUCUUGGUUGCAUUGACAUGCUUGGCUGCACUAUAUCUAUACCGUUUCAGAUCAUCGACGAAACACACCCUUACACUUUUGAUGCCCCAGUUGCCUGCAAAAUUUUCAGAUUCUUCGACACCAAUUUGGCCAUUGCAGCUGCAUUGAUGCUUGUGGUAAUUGCAUCCGAAAGAUUUCGAAAAAUUUGUCGCCCGAGUGGAAAUCAAGUUACGGAAAAAAGAGCCAUUCGUUCCAUCAUUGUAGUGAUCAUUGGAUCGUCCGUUGCUACUUCCCCAGCCCUGUUGAUUUACGGUAAACAUACAGUGAGGAUAGAGUCGAAGAACAUAAACGGCUCAGAGUGCUCCUGGUCCGACGAUGUUUCUGACUCCUAUUACGGUUAUGUGUACUACGCUUUGGAACUUUUAAUCGUAGUUUCUUGUAUGGUAUGUUUAACUGUUCUCUACUCAUUUGUUGGCAAGGCUUUAAGGACACAUACUCACCGCAUGAAAUCUACCAAGCUUGCUAAAUUUUAUGUCAGAAAAUCUACCAAAUCCUCUACAAGAGUUCAGGAAUCCUCGGAUUCCAAACCUGACCAGGAAUCCGAUGCGAGAGUGUCUAUAGAAUCACUGCACACAGACAUGGAUUCAGGAGUGGAUUCACCCGUUCCUGUGUCUAGCGAUUCUACAGAGGAAUCUGUUGACUUGGAAAGUCAGUUCAAAGAUUCAAAUAAAAGUGUCGAUUUGAGUGACAAAGAAAAAGAGAGUGUGCUUACAAACGACGACAAUAGUGGCUAUCAAGAUAAAGACAAUUACAAUGAAUUUUCAAGUACUUGUCAAUUAUGUGAGGGCGAUGACUCCUCUCGAAAGCUGUCAUCGAUCAGACGCAUCUACAGGAAAGUAGUUAGUGUACCGGUAACUCUGAGGGGGGUAUUAUUGAACAGAAGUGGUAUUUCCGAAGGAACGAGUGCUAUCCCCGACAUCAUUGUCACAGAUUGCAUAAAUAACACGACGCAGAUUAUAUUUAAAGGACAUGGGUCAAACAAAACUUCCAGUGAUGGGAAAAGCAAAUCAUUCCAAAACAAAAUAACCGAUAAACAUUCACCUUGUGAAAAACAUAGAGAGCAAUCGACUUAUUCAAGUCACAAAAAGACAAAAAAGCCACGAAAAAAUCUCAAUUUUUUUUGCAGGAAAAAGAAAGCAAAAAAUACUGAAAGUCUCCGCGAACGCCGGAUCACCAAACUUUUGUUUUUUAUAACAUUGACCUUUAUUGUGACCUAUUAUCCGUACAUUAUUGUGUUAGUGAUAUACUCCAUACUACCGGAAUUCAAGGAAAACCUCUCUGACGUCGGUCGCGUUUUCUAUCUGAUGGCCAUAAGACUUUAUCUCAUUAAUAACGUCAUGAACGCUUUCUUUUACGGAUUCUUCGACCUGGAGAUGGGAAGAAAAGUAGCAGUGGUUACGGGAGCUAAUAGGGGACUUGGUCUAGAACUUGUGAAACAGCUCUGCACGGCUUUCGAUGGUGACGUCAUUCUCACGUCACGAAUGUCUAAUAAAGGCCUUGCAGCCUUGGACAAACUGAAAGUAGAAGGAUUUCGACCCAAAUUUCACGAAUUAGAUAUUACCCAGGCUGCCAGCAUACGGAUGUUUGAAGAUUUCAUCAAGUCGGAAUAUGGUGGCAUUGACAUUCUCAUUAACAAUGCCGCUAUCAGCUACAAGAAAGAUGAAGUAGUUCCCAUAUUCCGUCAAGCACAAUUGUCUAUUGAGACCGAUUUCAAAGGAACCGUCAACGUUUGCAGGAUACUACUUCCACACAUGCGCCCUCAUGGUCGUAUGAUUAUUCUCACAAACGGGUACAUAGGCCAAAGGAAGGAACUCGGGGAGAAACUGCGAAAGGAACUUGACAUCGAAAAAGCUAGUAUCUACAAGUUGAUCACUCUUUUAGAUGAAUAUAUGAAAGCCGUCAAAUACGGAAACCAUAAAAGUUAUGGAUGGCCAGAUUCACCCAGUUUGACCGCUAAGAUAUUUCUAUCAGCAUUAGCUCGUGUUUUAACAAGGGAAACUGCGGGUGAUGUACGAAAAAACAUCCUCAUUAACGCGUGUUGUCCGGGAUGGAUGUUGUCACAAGGGAGUGAAAUCUACGUUAGCGAAGAUGGAACCUGCCAAGGUAUCAAACGUAGAUCUCUGGAGGAGGCAGCCAAAGAUGUCGUCUGGUUGGCGACACUUCCCGCGGGAACGAAUUCACCCAAUGGCCAACUAGUUCGGUUCAGAGAGGUCAUCCCUUUCGAAUGACCAAUUCAAUAAUAACAAAUGUAGAUUAAUCAAAUCUUAGAUCUUCAUGAUUAUUAAACGAUAUAAAUGUACAAUGUACUAGUAACUUCAAACAUUUUGAGACUGUAUAAACAUCAUGAUCAAGACAACAGUAUGUGAUUUGACAUAAGAUGAUUAUGAAGUGCUAUUUGUACUUGGAAUGACAAAAUUGGUGGUAAAUGAUGUAUCACGGAAAGCAGAAAAAAACAGAAUACACACAAAAGUAUGGACUGGAGUCAAGUGGCAGGGCAUACGAAAAUCUAGUUUGUAGGACGCAGACAAUGAUAACUGUUUCGGUUGGUGAACAUAGAAACAACCAACAACCCCCCCCCCCCCCCCAAAAAAAAAAAACCACUGCUAUAUACUCAAUAAACCUAUUAGUUUUCCCAAAA